CAGCGGCCCUAGCGAGGGCUUCCGGUUUCACUGAGUGCAGGAGAUGGCCGGGGCUAGCUCCGCCGCGCUGUCAGGGGCCGGCACGCCAGUAGCGGGACCGUCGGGCCGAGACCUGUUUGCGGAAGGGUUGCUGGAGUUCCUGCGUCCCGCCGUGCAGCAGCUCGACUCACAUGUGCACGCGGUUCGGGAAAGUCAGGUGGAGCUACGGGAACAGAUUGACAAUUUGGCCACAGAACUCUGCAGAAUCAAUGAAGACCAGAAAGUGGCUUUGGACCUGGAUCCCUACGUGAAGAAGCUCCUCAACGCCAGGAGACGGGUUGUCUUAGUUAAUAACAUCCUACAGAAUGCUCAAGAGCGGUUGAGGCGGUUGAACCACAGUGUUGCCAAGGAGACAGUUCGACGGCGAGCCAUGCUAGAGUCAGGAGGCUACCCUUCUGGUUCCCCAAGCAAAUAAUGCUUCUCAGAACUCGAACCAGGAAUCCUGCUAAUUGCCUUGUUUCAACUUUAGACUUCAACUGUGUCUCUAGAAGACCCUCAAUCUGUACUGACCUGGAAAGGACAAGGAGUAUGUAAACAGCUGCUUUGUCAUUUGUGUUCUGAGCACUUGGAGCUAGAUUAACCCAUUUAGAUUGGAACCCCAGAAGUAGCCCCUUGCCUAAAUCCAGGUUUAAAAAGUUCUAUGAGAAUUGGUUCACAAGUAUUCUUGUUUAUAAAGAGUGCAGGUUUAUAAAAGGGAAAGCUGCAAACUCCAGAUGCACCCAGCACCCUGAACCGCUGACCCUGGGUGGCAUUGUUCCUGCUAGGUGCUAAAUUGCUGGUCCCUGGGCAGCUUCCUUCACAGUGACUUCUACUUUUUCCCAUGCUUGCACUGAGGACUUGAGGGGGGAAGGAUCUUGGUGAGGAAGCCAUGCCCACCCACCCUUCUGUUGAUUGCACUAGCUUUUAGCUGCCACAGCAGCAAUUCUGUAACUGUAUAGUUCAAUAAAUGUCAGAGUAUUAAUGCUGUAA